AUGUCACUCUACGUCGCUCGCCAUGUGGUCAAGGCCGUACGAGCAACACCGACCGCACACGAAGCCGCCGCUUUCUUCUUCAACUCCCGGCGCAGCGUCUCGACCUUAGACCUCUCACGCCACCCCACGCCCCGACCGAGCACCAGAAGAGUAAGCACUCACUCACCCGAGAGCAGACAGCAAUCACACCGACCCUUCUCUUCCAGCCUUGCAGGUCGUGCGACGACCACGACAAUAGCCCGCAACCCCCGCAACGACGAGGAUGGCCAGCUCAUGACUAUAAACAUAUCCACCGCGGCAGCCGCCCGCCUCAAAGCGAUCACUUCCACUCCACAGAAACGAAAUACACUAGCCACUUCACCCAUAACACCAGACUCUCACCUCCGAGUCACCGUCACCAGCGGCGGCUGUCACGGCUUUCAGUACCUCAUGUCGCUAGAACCCGAGUCCAAGAUUGACGCCGAGGAAGACACUGUCUUCGUUGCGGCGACAGCGGAGGAGGGGGAGGGCGGCAAAGGGAGAGCAGAAGUAGUGCUGGACGAGCCCAGUCUGGAAUUGUUGAAGGGGAGCACAGUGGACUUCGUGACGGAGCUGAUUGGGAGCCAAUUCAAGAUUGUGGGGAAUCCAAGAGCGAGCAGUAGUUGCGGGUGUGGCACGAGUUUUGAUAUCCAGUGA